GCCGGGGCCACUCCUAUCAGGGCUGUAGCCUACUGUAUGUCUGGAGACUACUACUCUGCUCUGCAGCGAGAGGACAAGGUGGUGUGAUCCUGCGUGCGUACGAGAGAGAGAGAGAGCGAGAGAGCGAGAACGAGGAUGGCUACCCUUGUUGAAUCUGCAGAGAUGGAGACUUUAGGCACUGCGAACAACACCGUGGCGUCUCCAACAUCCUCAAGCCCCUCGCAGCACUUCAUCGACAGCAAAUUUUAUCUGCUUGUCGUUAUCGGGGAAAUCACAACGGAGGAUCACCUAAAGUGUGCCAUUGCGGACAUUGAGAAAGGAAUCCGCUCAUGGGACACCAACCUUAUUGACUGUAACCUGGACCAGGAACUCAAGCUUUUUGUCUCCAGACACUCAGCUCGUUUUUCUGCAGAUGUCAGAGGGCAGAGGAUUCUGCACCAUAAAAGCAAUGUCCUGGAGACGGUGGUGCUUAUCAACCCCUCAGAUGAGGCAGUCAGUACUGAGGUUCGUUUGAUGAUCUCAGACACAGCCAGACACAAACUUCUGGUCCUAUCAGGCCAAUGCACUGAAAGCACUGGGGAGCUUAUUCUUCAGUCAGGGUCUUUCUCUUUCUUCAACUUCAUAGAUAUAUUCACUGACCAAGAGAUUGGUGAAUUGCUCAGCACCAUUCACCCAGCAAACAAAGCCAACCUUACCCUGUCCUGCCCUGAACAAGGUGACUGGAAAAACUCUAACUUGGACAAACACAACCUGCAGGACUUUAUCAACAUGAAACUGAACUCAACACUCAUACUCCCUGAAAUGGAGGGCCUCUCAGAGUUCACAGAGUACUUAUCUGAAUCAGUAGAGAUCCCAUCUCCUUUCGACAUGCUAGAACCACCAACCUCAGGUGGAUUCCUGAAGCUCUCCAAACCAUGCUGCUACAUUUUUCCUGGGGGUCGCGGUGAUUCCGCUCUCUUUGCUGUCAAUGGGUUCAAUAUGCUUAUUAAUGGUGGCUCGGACAGGAAGUCAUGCUUCUGGAAGCUGGUGAGACACCUGGAUCGGGUGGACUCCAUCCUCCUGACCCAUAUCGGUGAUGACAAUUUGCCAGGUAUCAAUAGCAUGCUGCAGAGGAAGAUUGCAGAACUGGAGGAGGAGCAGUCACAGGGUUCUACAGCUAACAGUGACUGGGUGAAGAACAUGAUUUCACCAGAUAUUGGUGUCGUGUUUGUGAACCUCCCUGAGAACCUGGGGAACCCUGAACCUAAUUAUAGGGUGCGGAGGAAUAUUGAAGAGGCAGCAUUCACUCAACAGUUCCUCAGCAAACUAAAUUUGAGAACAGAGUCUUUACAAAGGCCUGUCGGAAACACUAUAGAACCACUCAUACUUUUUCAGAAAAUGGGUGUGGGGAAGCUUGAGAUGUAUGUGCUUAACCCAUCAAAGAACAGCAAGGAGCUGCAGCACUUUAUGAAACAGUGGACAGGAAGUGAGAAUGAUUAUACCUCUAUCCUGCUGCCAAAUGGAAAAGAAUCAGAGUUCCCUAUCUCUUACUUGACUUCCAUCUCCUCACUGAUUGUAUGGCACCCAGCAAGUCCCUCAGAGAAGGUAGUGCGUGUUCUCUUUCCUGGAAAUGCCACUCAGCAUCACAUCCUUGAGGGGUUAGAAAAGCUAAAGCACUUGGACUUCUUGAAACAACCAGUUGUCACUCAAAAAGCAAUGUCCGCUAAUAUGCCACCAACAGUGAAACAAGCUAAGAUGAAGCACAGAACAGACAGCAAAGAGAGCCUCAAAUCUACCCCUAAGCCAUCACCAAGCAAGAGUUUCAGGAAAGAAUCAAAAGAGGAGGCCCCAGAAAAGGCAAAAACAGAUGCAGAAUCGUCUCAAGAAAAAACUCAAAGGGCAGAGAAAAAAGAAAAGGUCCUAGUAAAAAAGGAAAAGGCAAAGGCACCUGAGAAAGAAUCAAAAGCAAAAGUAGAGCAAAAUGAUACUCCAGAACAAAAAGCAUCUGAUAGUAAGCCCAAGAUUCAAAAGGAAAGGAUUGUUAGGAAGGAGCCCAAAAAACCUGUGGAAAAGAAAAAUGAUGAAAAAGAAGUUAAAAAACACAUAGCAAGGAGAGAAGAGAAUCUUACACCCAAGAAGGAAAGCAAAAAAGAAGAGAAAGUAAAGGAGGUAAAGAAAGACAUUAAAAGAGAUGUCAAGAGAGACUCCCCGAUGAAGGAGAAGAAAGAAGAAAAGAAAGAGCAAAAGAAAGAGGAUUCUAAGAAAGAUGUCAAAAGGCCAUCUAGAGACAUUAAAAAGACAGAGGAAAAGAAGCUAGUAUCAAAACCAAAGCAUUUGAAAAAGGAUGAUACCUCAAAAAAUGACAUGGGAAGCCCGUCAAAGUUAAAAGAAAAGGGAAAGUCAAAGGUUACAAAGAAAGAGACAAAGUUGGAUGUUGCUAAACUUGCAGCCAGUGCAGCUGCUGUCAUAGAGGAUCCAGAGGCAGAGAGAUCUCUAAUGUCCUCACCAGAAGACCUUACUAAAGACUUUGAGGAGCUCAGAACUGAGGAGUUAGUGGAGGACGAUGCGACCGUACAGCAAACUAAGGAGGAAGAGGCUGUGAUGAUCCACCAUGAAGAGAUUAUGCACACCAAAGGGUCACCUGAGGCGGUAGAGUCUGUGGAUGAGGGUAUAACCACCACAGAGGCUGAGGGAUUCAGUGGAGAGACUCCAGAUGAACCAGAUCAUAAAGACAAACUCAAUGGCAGUGGAAGUGAGAAGUUUGAAGAUGAGGGCACUGGACUGGAGGAGACAUCUGAGGUAGGAGAUUAUGAAGAGAAGGGAGAGACAGAAGAAGUUUAUGAGCCACAAAGAAUGGAAUCAGACAAGCAUAAACUUACUUUCAGUGAAGAUGAGCAACACAAAGUACAUGAGGAGAAAUCAGCACCCGAGACUGGGUUUGGAGGUGAAGAAGCCGAUGAAGUUGCGAAACAUCAGCAUGUAGAUGAAAGGAAGGUAGAGAAACAGUGUCUGUUUGUAUCAGCCUCAGAAAAAGCAUCCUCACCUGUUUCUCCAGCUGCGUCUAUCCAUGAUGAAAUGCUCCCAGUUGGUGUUGAGAGUGAAACUGCAUCAGAUGACGAGAACCGAGAUGAUCCCCCUGAGGAUUACACUGUCACCUCUGGCCACACUCAGUCCACCAUAGAGAUCUCCAGUGUGCCUACUCCAAUGGACGAGAUGUUGACUCCCAAGGACAUUAUGAGUGAUGAAACCACUAAUGAUGAGACAGACUCGCCUUCUCAGGACCUUGGCAGGAUUGCAGCAUCUGCAUCUGGGGAGUUUGAUAGGAAGAAGCUUUCUCCGCUUCAGGAUGUUCCAGAGCGAGACCACUCUAAGAGUGAUGCCACAGAAGGCCGGGACUACCACCCCUCUGCUUCCACAAUAUCUCCUCCAUCAUCACUAGAAGAAGAUAAAUUCUGUAAGGAGUUUCCCUCUGAGGCAAUGGUGCAAAGUUUUGGUUCAGCUCAAGAGCCAUGUGAGAGAAGUGACAUUGACCCAACAAGACUCAGUUCCACCUCCACAACCUCACCUCUUGUACGCUCUCCCUCCGUGGACCACAAAGAGAAUUUUGAUUCACCAUCACCAUUUGCUGCACCAAUAGAACUGUGCACCACAUUGGCAGGAGGAUCCAGGGGACCAGGCGAAUCAUCCACUAGCCCAGAUGAUAAAACAUUGGAAGGAGCUAACUCACCUCAGUCCUCUGGUCACACACCUUACUAUCAGUCUCCAGUAGACGAAAAAGCAGGUGCUAUACCAUCUGUAACAGAAGAGAAAACUCAGGGCCCAAUAAUAGUCGAGGUCACAAGUGAUAAAGAGGACUCCUCCAACAGGGUUAGUCCAGAGCCUGAUGAGCCUGAACGUGACCAUUCCUCCCCUGUGGAGAAGAUGAUGUCUUCUCCAAAAAGCCCAUCUCCACCUAGAGCAGACUCCCCAACAAAGAAGGAAAAGUCACCCUUUGAUGUAGAUCAUAAGAAAAAUGGAGAGAACACUCAGUCAGUCUUGUUCUCAGGACCUUUGACAAAGCAUGAUUCAGACACCAAUCCUUUUACAACUUUCAAAGAAGAGAGUAAAAUGUCAAUAUCAGAGGGCACCACAUCAGACAAGUCAGGCACACCUCUAGAGGAAGCAGUAGCAGAGGACACAUUUUCACAUUUAGCCUCAGCAUCUACUGCUUCCCUGGCCACAAGCUCCUUCCCAGAGCCCACCACUGACUCCCCCUCACUUCAUGCUGAGGUAGGUUCUCCUCACUCAACAGAGGUGGAUGACUCCCUGUCUGUCUCUGUAGUUCAGACCCCAACCACCUUCCAUGAGGCUGAAUGCUCUCCAUCCAAGGAGGAUAGCCCCAGGCCCAUGUCCAUCUCACCAGAUAUCUCACCAAAGACCAAAAUCAGAACACAGAUGCAGGAUACAAAAUCUCCAGAGCACUCUACCAUGUCAGUAGAGUUUGGCCAGGAGUCCCCUGACCAAUCUUUAGCCCUGGACUUUAGUAGGCAAUCCCCAGAGCACCCAUCUGUAGGAGGCAGCUUACGUGCUACAGAGAAUGGACCAACUGAGGUUGACUACAGUCCCUCAGAUGGAACUGAUUUAAGACCAGCUGGCCAGCAUAGUUCUCCAGUGGAGAAGCCUAUGCUUUUUAAAGACAGUGAUUCAGUCCGAGCCGCUUCUGCAUCCCCAUCAGAUGCAUCUCAGUCCACUCCCUCUGUUACAACACCCUGCCAAAUGACAGACAUGCCACCUGUUGUGGCACAACAGACAGAAAAGUCUCCAGUCACCCCAAAGGUAGCCUCUCUCACCCACUCCCCUAUUUCAAAUGAGUCAUCCCCUGUGCUAGAAGGGCCCUCAGCUGAAGAAAGUGCCAGUCCAACUGCACUGUCUGUAGAGGGCAACUUGAAUAAAUCUGAUACACAGCAGAAAUAUGACAAGUCACCCUCACCUCCCAAAGCUACUUCCCCAUCAUCCUCCUUUUCCUGUGACAAGAGAGAGACACUUUCUCCAGCAAGGGAUACUAAUCCUUUUAAAACUGAGGAUUCUACACUAGAGGCAAAAUCCCCAGACAGCCCUAAAGUUCCUUCCCCAUCAUGUCUACCUCUCUUCUCUGAUCUGUCUAAUAAUAAGUGUGCUGGUGGCUCUAGGGGCCCAGAAUCAGCUAAGAAGAGUCCCUCUCCUCAGUCCAAGACAGAUGUGGAUCUCUGCUUAGUCACUUCAUGUGAGUACCGCCACCCCAAAACAGAGCUAUCCCCAUCUUUCAUCAAUCCCAGCCCUCUAGAGUUCUUCAUGAAUGAGGAGAACCCCUUAGAUGAGGCGAAACCUUUGGCCAAGUUAGGAGGAGGACCCCCACCCCCAGGAGGUAAGCUCCACACCAAGCAGUGUGAUGAGACACCACCCACUUCCAUCAGUGAAUCUGCCCCCUCCCAGACUGAUUCUGAUGUCCCUCCAGGGACAGAGGAGUGCCCCUCCAUCACAGCAGAUGCCAACAUUGACUCUGAAGAUGACUCUGAGACUCUGCCCACUGACAGAACCCUGACCUACAGACAUGCUGAUCCACCUCCUAUGGCAGUCAGAGACUCCGCGCCGUCCUCAGCCCACCCUGAUGUCUGCAUGGUGGACCCAGAGCUCCUAAAGGCUGAAGAAAAUAAACAAGAUGCUAAAACAGAUGGCGGAGAAAAAACCAAGAAGAAAAAACUAACUAAAAAGGCCCCCUCACCAGCCAGAAAGAGUGGCCUAUCAAAAGUCAAGGAUUCAAAGACUGCCUCUCCAAAGAAGAGUGUGGGAGAAGGGAAAGAUGCCAAAAACGCAACUAAUACCUCUGCAUCCAGAGGUGUAAAAAGUGCCACAUCAGGUUCUGGCAGUGGCAAGACAUCGGGUGGGGUGUCUGUGCCCAACUGUCCUCCCAUGUACAUGGAUUUGGUUUACAUUCCAAAUCACUGCAGUGCCAAGAAUGUGGAUGCUGAGUUUUUUAAGCGGGUACGGUCCUCCUACUAUGUGGUCAGUGGCAAUGACCAGACAGCUCAGGAGCCCAGCAAGGCUGUCCUAGAUGCUCUGCUGGAAGGAAAGGCUCAGUGGGGAACCAAUCCGCAGGUAACUCUGAUUCCAACCCAUGACUCUGAUGUGAUGAGGGAGUGGUACCAAGACACGCAUGACAAGCAGCAGGAGCUUAACAUCAUGGUCCUGGCCAGCAGCAGCACUGUCGUCAUGCAGGAUGAGUCUUUCCCAGCUUGUAAGAUAGAGCUGUAGGCCUGUCCAACAAGGGAGCUGUGAUUCAGUAUACCUGCUGACUGAUUCAUAGUGAGUGGGACCGUUACCCGUGGAAGAAAACAAAUCCAUACCACAUAAAACCUGGGCAGACAUAUGAUACACUUAUAUGAUUAACAAAUAAUAUUUUAUGUGACCUAAACUAUAUAAAUUGAUAUCUACAAUGAUGACUGCAAACAUGAACGCAUAUUAGCUUGGAGGGGCUCCAUGCAAGGGAUAAUAACGUAGAGUAGCCUAAGAAUGAAAUGUAUAAUGUGAUGCCAAGAAAAACCAAAUCAGACAACCUCCCACUAUGUCAUCUGAUUUUUCCAAUAUAAAGGGAUUGUAAAAGGAAGAAAUGAAAAUGAAAACCAAUUUCAAAUUAACGUGAUGCUUUUAUUGCUAAUCAGUUGAGUUUCUUCAUUUCUCCCCAGGUCGAUUAGAGACGUAUCCCCAGACUAAAGAUAAAAAAUGUUUGAGAGCUUUUGAGAAAUUUAAUCGCCAUCCAAGAACAAAACCCCCUUAUGUUGUAUGUAUGUUUGAAUAAUUCCUAAUAUCCACACCAAAGGAUCAAAAGCGACAUAUUUUCUGUCAUUGCCUUAGUCAAAAUGAAUGUAUAAAAAUUGAUGCACUUAAAACAAGCAAAGAGCAAUUAGCAGGCAGGUAAUUCUACACCAAUUAGAAAAUCUUGACCCAAAUACUAUGUACAAGGUCAGUGGCUACUAAAUUAACAAAGGUAAACAUAUAAUUACUUGAAGGAAUUACUCACACUGAUCAGUGUAAAUCUGAUGCCUGAUCUCAGUCAUUAUGGGCAAAAAAAUUGUUUUUGUUUUUUUAAAUUCUGCUGUUUGAUUAUCUUGUAGCACGUUGUGCAUUAACAUGGCACUUUUUGUUUUCUGUCAGGUUAUUGUCUCAUUGUUGAACUGUGAAUAUUUAUUUAAUUUAUGUUGACAUAGAUUAUUACACUUUUUUGCCUGAAUAUCCUUUGGAGCUGAGAAAUAGUUGUUGUUUUUUUCGAUGCCUUUGUCAGACCUGUAAGAUCUCAUCUUUUUUUUUCCAGAGGUCAAACCUAAUUUAAAAUAUGCUCUUUUACAAGCUGGACUUUUACUUCAGAUCGUGUCUGUUUAAUCUCUGGAUUUCGGAGUUGUCUUUGAACCAGAAAAGAUAAAACUCUUACCAUGUUUUUUUAUGUCUGUAACUGUCAAGCUAUAGAACAGCAAGCCUCUUCCCAUUUUAAAGCUAGUGAAGCAGGAUAUUUUCAUAAACCUUAAAAUGUCUUGUUUUUCUAAAAGCACUGUACUAUAAUUAUAAAUAGCUUUGUGGCAAGCUGAAUGGUGGAAAGAAAUGUGCAUGAGUAAUGCGAUACAUUACGUUUUUUUCUUUUAUAAUAGAAUGGGAAAUAUGCUCAGAACUGAGUUAGGAAAAGCAGGGCGAUGGAGUCGGCUAUAUAAAGAAAUUUAUGGAGCAUUGACAUUGUGUACUUAUUCCUACCGUUGCCCAUGGAAUGGUAUCAAUAUUGAAAUAAAUGAUGUAGAUUUCUAGGUUAGUGGGAGCAUUUAGUCAGGGAUGGUGACUAUUUCAUGUGAAAUAGCUGUUUGUCUUCAAACGCCAGACUGUAAAAGAGACAGCAAGCUGUAGAGGGAAGUCUUCAGAGGGGUACAACACAGAGGAGAGACUGAGUGACUGUUAUGCCUCAGAUGAAAGGGUGGAAAAACAAGAAACAGACUCUGUAAACACAAACAUGACACAUAACAAACUAACAACAAUACAGAAACCAUAGAAUCAACUUCGACAGAAGAGCUUCUGGAGAAAGCUACUGCAAAUCCCAGCGGGAGAUGGGCUACAGUCCCCAAAUAUUUAAAGGCUUCGGUACUUUGGGCUGUUCAAUCUAUUAACUUGCCACGCCAGAUAUUUAGUUACUGAUGUCAGGUGUCCACAAUACCACUGUAGACCAGUUUUCCUGCAGGAGAGCCUCUAGGUAAUAUUAUGACCACGCUGUCAGUCAACAACAAAUCUACAAACUUUGAAUUGACAUCUCUCUUUUUUCUGUCUGUCUCUCUUUCGUAAUGUAUGUCUCUCUUGCUCUCUCUCCUCUCUCUUUUUCAAUGUCUGUCUCUCCCUCUUUCUCUCUCUCUCUCUCUCUAUUUCCUUAUCUUUCUCUUGGGCGAUUGUUAAUAAUGUUUGUCUGCAGCGGUGUGAUAUACUUGUCUUGUGAUCUUGCAUCCUUUCUUCCCUUUCCCAAACUCAUAUCUAACCUAUAGGAAUUAGUUUCAAGUGAAAGUAUUACUUAGUGCUUUCUGAUGUUUGUGUGCAAUAUUUCCUCUACCCAUACGGGAAACCUGAUGUAAAGGGAACCACUACUAAAAAAAAGCAAACUGUCAAAAACAACCACAAUAAAGCCUGUUGUGGAAACUAAG